AGCUGGCCCUGGCCGUUGCGCCACCUCGGCAAAUCGAAAAGUCGAACCAGACUUCCGGAGGGGUCAUCGUGCUCUUUCCAGAUCCCGUGCCCUUCCCCGCUUCCAGCUUUCCAGAGGGAUGUGCAAUUUUGUCUACCCCUCGCAACCCGAACACUUCGUUUUUGUCCCCCUUCGGAGUGACCAUCGAAGUCCGGACACAUGCCUGACGUAGUCACCGCAGGCAAAUCCUUGUCCUGUCAGAUAUGCAACAAGAGCUUCGGACGUUCUGAGCAUCUCAAACGCCACGUCUUGACUCACACGCGCUCUCGGGAGCAUCAGUGCCGAGUGUGUCGCAAAUCCUUCUUCCGCAAAGACGCUCUGUCCCGGCAUGAGUACACCCAUCGGACUUCAGGACCGAAUCUUCUGCGACGCGGUGGUAGGGCUUGUAUUCCUUGCGCCUCCUCAAAGACUCGGUGUUCGGGGGACGUUCCGUGUGUUAGAUGUCAGCAGCGGUCCUUGCAAUGCGUACAUCCUGUAGCGUCUCUCAAUCAGGAUGACAGUGCUAUGGACAGCGAGGAUACCAUCCAGAUAGACCGGGGCACGCCCUGCUCGACUUUCGCACCUCCAAUCAGUGACGAUGCAUCGCAACCUUUCGCAGGCGAUCAUCUCAAUCAAGCGCCGCAGUCACUGGACCAGAUUUCCGAUCAUCAAGUCUCGUUGCUUCCGACAGAUCAAAUGCUGUUCCCUGUGCCAAGCCUGUCUGCAAUGCAUAUAACAACAAUGCCUUACGAACAACCGACACAUAUCCCACUGGCUGCCACAGGUCAUUACCAUGACUCUUCAAGAGUCGAUUUACAUCCAUUUGUGCCUAUCAACUACGCAACAGUCAACUGGCUUGGAUUCGAAGAUGCGAACGAAGUAUCGGGGUUGCCAGAUGGACAAUGGCCGUACCCUGAUUGUCUCUUCGAGUUCGACAUAACAGGUAAUGAUAGUCACAAUUUCUCACAGAUAUCGCAAGUGCCUACUGCUCUGCGGACUGCAGAGUAUGCAACGAAUCAUCCCUCGGCUCAACUUGGUCAGGUACCAUUGACUCUGUGCGGAGUCGCCACUGGAAGUACAAUUAGCACGGACGAAGCAAGUGCGACUCCUGGCGAGUUCUAUGCCGAUGGCGGUACUGCUCGACUACCAAGGAUGCGUAAGAGAAGAGCGAUGUCUAUUUACACAACUCACGAGCACACCAAGGAAUCUUUCUCCUUGGCUCUCCCGUCAGAUUUCUCUUUUUCCGCUGCAAAUCAGAAGUGGAUCGAAGCUCAAGCUCAAGCUGAUCUGGAGAAUUACUUUUCCAUGCUUUGUGCAUCAAGUAUAAUCCCUUUCGCACCAUUCGAGAGCGCCGUCUUCCCCACGAAAGAAUUGCUCGGUCAUCUAUGUACGCUCUUCGUGGACCACUGCGGUCAAAUUCUUCCGUUUCUCCAUUUCCCGACUUGGAGGCUGCGAAAGCAACAUCCCUUGCUCGUCUUGGCUAUGGCAGCAAUGGGGAGCCACUAUCUGAAGGAUAUGAACGCCACCAGGUUCGUACCCUCAAUGUACGAAUUUACACGACGGGUUCUUUUCUUUGCUGCUGAGUCACCGGGUUUGUUUGGUAUCGAUAGCAGGACAUACCAUCAGGUUAUCCUAUUGUAUGUUGUUGGGGCAGCGUAUUGUGGAGAUGAUUCGCUCAAAGAACAUGCUAUUAGCCUUCGCUCCAAGCUCGCAUCCUUGUUUUUCAUCUCUCACGUGGACAGCAAAGACACGGAUCAAGCAACGAUCGAUCCCACGAAUCAUGACUGGUGUCGUUGGGUAGACCGUGAAUGUUCCCUCCGCCUGAGAUACUGCACAUGGCUCGUCGAUUAUCUUUUAUCGUGCCAAUUUCAGGUCAGACCAUGUCUCUCACUCAGCGACGCAAAGAUGCCCUUGCCUGCCGAAGAGGAUAUGUGGAUCGCUGCUAAUACCUCAGAGUGGUCGCAACUUGCAAUCGGCAAAGAGCUACUACCAGAGCUUGUCGUUUGCGUGGACGAGUUGUACAUGUCAAAGUUGUUAAGAGCACAUGUUGGGGAAUUCGCGCGUAUAUUGCUUAUCUAUGGACUCCAUCGCCGUCUCGCCGAAGUCGAAUUAUACUACGCACAAAGAUUAUCUCAUUGGACACCGGGUACAUUCGAUCGACCAGGGGGUACGACCCUACCAAGUCUGCCUAUCUGGCCUCCAGCGCUGCCCAUCUUCAAGCAAUGGCAGAAUCUCACCUGCGAUAGUUUGGAUGUCCUCCACUGGGCGGCUAACGCGACCAUUGGGAAAGCUAGUGGCUUUGAACAUACAACAGUCUUGCAUCUGCACCUUGCGCGAGUCCUACUGCUGACCCCAAUUAGAGAGAUUGUCGACCUUGCUCGAUAUCUUGCGGGUGAGAGAAGCUUGAAGUCUGAGGCCGAGAUCAUGACGGAUCGCCAAGUCGUACAUAAAUGGGCUGUACAGCACCAGUAUAAGGCACGACUGGCAGCCAUUCAUGCCGGUGUACUGUUCUGGCAUGUCAGAAGAUUCUCGGCGAACGCUUUCUAUGAGCCAACCGCCGUCGCUCACGCGACACUCGUGCUCUGGGCCUUCAGCGCUUUCUCUUCCAAGUCAGCAAGGUCUCUUGAUAAUUCAAGGAACGAGCUUGUACAAUCGACACCCGUGCCCAAUGACAUGCACGCGAGUCACGACAGCUCGGACAGCGAAAGUUCCUCCGACACCAUUAUUUUGCUCGACCGCCCAGCCGACGAUGAAAUCGUACAAGAGUUCGUGAUGAACGGUCCUCGUAUGCGGGCCAACAUGACUGGGGUAGGCGAUUUGUACGGCGAGAAGGGUCCGGAGCGCGUGCUCAGAGAAGGCUCGAAGAUUCUCCAGACAUUGGACAAUUGGCGAGUUCGUGAGUCGUGGGCCAAAUUACUAGAUAAACUAAUUGGUGUGUGUAAACGUGAAAGGAGGAAGGCUAGAGAGGUCUCUGGGCGUGGUCGUGUGGCAAGGAAUGUUCCAAGCACCAGAUCUGAGGGUGAAAACUAGCAAUGAAAUCGUGCUGUCGCCCAACAUAAAGUGCUUUGGUUAUCAUCAAAUGAUCUCUGGGGUCAAUCUUCCGAAGAGGUCGUAGAUGUUCUGGACCACAAAUUGCCGGCGAGAUCAGAUCGAACUUGCUGGAACAUCCUUCUCCGAAGGGAUCCCGGAGGGGUAUGUCAGAUCGAGACUGGACGCCCCAAAAUCAGGAUGUACGUUCCGAUGCGGGG